AUGCUACCGGUUUCGCGCCCCGAGAGCCAGAUGAGCUACAACUACAUCGCCACCUCCCAGCCCUUGUCGGGGUCGUCGACAGGGCGGAGUUCUCCCAGCGACCUGCCUUCGACUGGACCCUCCAAAUCGCCAUUCGGACCUGCAGGAUCGAUCGGUUCUGCGAGGCUUGGGGCUGGAUCCCCUUCCCACGAGCUGGGAACUCGCCUUUACCCGAAGCGAGCUCGUGAGAUCCAGGCACAGGAAGGUGUCUCCCCCAGCAUCUGGGGUCCGCCCACCAGUGGGCACUCCACCCCGCUUCGCGAGAAUAUCCCCGAGUCGCCCAGCCAGGACAGCUUUCCCGACCUGAUUCCGACCACCAGUGGCCCCAUGUCUGGCUCUGGCCGUCGAGCCCGAGCUGGCACCGUGCCCUCCCGAUUCCCCCCUAUGACCACCCUCAACGAGAUGGAUCUCGAGCAGCCGUUCAUGUCGCAGACAUCUCGUACGACGCCCUCAACCAGCCCUUUCCGACCCCCCGGUGUCUCUGGCAUCGACUCGGGUGUAAAGGUUGCGACCUCCGCCGGCGCUCCCAACCCGGCUAUGAUUUCACGUCUUCGAGCUGGCUCGAUGCCCCAACGGAGCAGUCUGCUGGGCGGUGGUGGACCGUUCGGCCCGUCUUUGUUCUCUACCAACUGGUCUACUGGUCGCGAGAGAGCCACUACACUCACGAGCAUUCGAUCCUCCGAGGGCCCGACUUCCCCGAGCCAGUCAUCCUUCUCGCGCGACGGUUUGGCCGACUCCGACGUGAAGACACUGGACUACUUGGGUCUUGCGGAGACUCCCCAGCAGGCGAGGGCGACUCUUGCACGGCCCUCGAUGGAGGCACUUUUGCAACAGCAACAGCAGCAGCAAGCAUCUGCUCUGCCGCCACUCCUGGCUGAGCUGGCGAUGAUGAAGAAUAACAAUAAUCGAUUCCGCUCUUAUUCCGUGAAUGCUAAGGAAAAGUACGCCGAUGACGAGGAUCUGGAAUACGAGAGCCGUUACUCUCAACUUCCUUCGGGAACCCUAACUCCCUCGGCCGCUGCAACGGCUGCUCAACUCGCCGCCACCCAAGCCCAAAUUCACCAGCACAACUUGGCCGUUCAGGCCUUUGCCAAUCACGCUAACGUGAGCCGACCUCGCGCGCGCACCGCCGGUAUCCUGGAGGCUCCUCCCCAGCGAUCCUCCAUUCGAAACUACCUCGCCACUCCCUCCCGUCUCGGUGACAACAGCUUCAGUGCGGCUGACCUGCCUAUCUCGGAGAAUGGCGAGUACGACGAACUUGCGGAUGCGGUCCAAAUGAUGCGUCUUGGGGCCGGUGGAGCUGCCGUGGGUGUGCGACCUGGUGGUGAGAUGGCCGACGAGAACAACCAGGACGGACCGACUCGUGCUCUGUGGAUUGGGAGCAUUCCUGUGUCAACAACCGUGACAUCCCUCGAGGCAAUCUUCGGUGUUUACGGCAAGAUCGAGUCCACCCGAGUCCUGACUCACAAGAACUGUGGAUUUGUGAACUUCGUGAACAUUGAGGCCGCCGUUCAAGCCAAGUCGUUGCUCAACGGUAAGGAGAUCUUCCCAGGCGCCGGCCCUGUACGAAUUGGUUACGCCAAGGUCCCUGGCGUUUCUGCCACUGGCACUCCCGGUGCCAAUGGUAUCCAGUCCUCCCCCACUCCCGAUCCGACUUUCAAAUCCAACGUGGGCGCCGACAACAUUGACCAGACGAACAACCUGGGUGCUGCGCCGGUCAUUCCCGAUCUUCCCGACCUGUUGCCCGAGAUGGUGGACAUCGUCCGGGACUUUGCAGCUAGCGACGAGGACUUGCAUAACAUCACCAACAGCAUCCAGAAUGCGAUUGAAUAUGACGCGUUCGAAGAUGAGAUCCCUCCUGUUCAGGAGCCCAGCCAGACACGAAUGUUCGAUGCGCCUCGCCUGCGUGAUAUUCGCAAGCGAAUUGACAAUGGCGCUUGCCCCAUUUCAGAGAUCGAGGAAACUGCUGGCUCUAUGCUCCCCGAGAUCGCUGAGCUCUCCUCGGACUACCUGGGUAACACCGUCGUGCAGAAGCUGUUCGAGUUCUGCUCGGAGUCUACCAAGGAGCAGAUGCUGACGCACAUUGCUCCCCAUCUUGCCGAGAUUGGCGUUCACAAGAACGGUACCUGGGCUGCGCAAAAGAUCAUCGAUGUUGCCAAGACCCCUGCUCAGAUGCAGAUGAUCGUGGAUGCCCUCCGACCUUACACUGUUCCGUUGUUCCUUGACCAGUAUGGCAACUACGUUCUACAGUGCUGCUUGCGCUUCGGUGCUCCCUACAACGACUUCAUUUUCGAGACCAUGCUGAGCCGUAUGUGGGAGGUUGCUCAGGGCCGCUUUGGAGCUCGUGCCAUGCGGGCCUGUCUCGAGAGCCACCAUGCCUCCAAGGACCAGCAGAGAGCGCUUGCUGCCGCUAUCGCCCUUCACAGCGUUCAGCUCGCUACCAACGCCAACGGCGCUCUUCUCCUUACCUGGUUCCUCGACACUUGCACAUUCCCCCGCCGUCGCACCGUUCUCGCCCCCCGACUUGUCCCCCACCUUGUGCACCUGUGCACUCACAAGGUCGCCUACCUUACAGUGCUCAAGGUCAUCAAUCAGCGCAACGAGGCCGAGGCUCGGGACAUCGUUCUAAAGGCUCUCUUCUUCAGCCCAGGCGAUGAGGUUCUGGAGAAGAUUCUGUCUGACCAGACUUCUGGCGCUACUUUGAUCUUCAAGGUCUUGACCACUCCCUUCUUCGACGAGUCAAUGCGCGCGGAGGUGGUGAAGAACGUCUCCAAGGUUCUCACCAAACUCAAGGCCUCCCCCAGCCAGGGAUACAAGCGUCUCAUGGAUGAAGUCGGUCUAUCUUCGCGUGGCGCUGGACGUGACCACCACCACAGCCGCGACCAUGGCGCCAGCCACUCUUCCACUCCCGAAAAGUCCCACCGUCAAUCCUCUCGUCACGGAAGUGUCAACUUCCCCUCGCAGCCUCCCAUGGAGCGACAGUACAGCGGACAGUUCCCGUCAGCUAUGCUUGGCCAGGACAGCUCGCGCCCUAUCUCUGCUGAUCAGAACAACCCCCCUCUCGACCCGUAUGGCAGCAAUGGACUCAAUGGAUUCGGCAACCCUCUGAACGGACUCGGCGGCGUCAAUGGCGUUGGCUUCCCCCAGGACUCUAGCGCCCCGCUUUCUCAGCAACAAUUGCAGUACCAGAACUACCUGGCAGCUCAGGCUCGCGGCGUCUCUGCCGCCGGCAUGUACCCCGGUAUGCCCGGCGCCAACUACGGAUACCCUGGCGGCUCGCCUUCCGUUGAAAACCUGCGCUCGUUGCAGACUCAGCAGACCCCUCUCUCCGCUGCCCCGGGCCAAAUGAGCCCUGGACCCAUGCUGGGCCAGUCGAACUACCCUCAGCAGCAGUUCAGCCCGGUGGUCAACCCAGCCCAGAUGUACCAAUAUCCUCCCCAGUACUACACUCAGGCACAGGCCGUGCAGGGGCAGUCUGGUGGAGGCCGACGUGGACGGGUGAGUUUCUAUGACUACUAG